CGGGUUUGACGUCCUGGGGCGGGGAGGUCGGGCUCCUCCCCGAGGCAUCCCUGGAGCCGGUCGGAGCGGAAAGCAGCCCUUUUAGAGGAAAACGGCAGGAAAGCCUCGGAGAAGAAGUGGUUUAGUCCUUCAGGCUGGGAGGGUUCCAAGGAGGCGAGAGGCUUGAGACGCGGUGGAUCAAAGAUGCGUGCGGAGCCGGAAAGCAAAGCGAGAAAGUGCUGCUACGUAGAGGAACUCUGAGCACUUCUGCCUCGUGAAAGACGCCAGAAGCCUGUGAUUGUACCCAAGGAAUUCUGUUUCCUUAUGGGUUCUUGCGACAUAUCCAGUAUAGUUCCCUGUGCUACACAGCAGGUGGCGUUUCACUCUGCCUUCUCAUCAUGGAGUUCCCUGAUCUGGGAAAGCAUUGUUCAGAAGAAACUUGCAGGCAGCUAGAUUUUCUUCCUUUGAGAUGUGACGCGUGUAAACAAGAUUUCUGCAAAGACCAUUUUGCCUGCGCUGCACACAACUGUCCCUUGGCCUACAAGAAGGACGUCCAGGUCCCAGUCUGCCCACUUUGUAACAGCCCAGUCCCAGUGAGAAAGGGGGAGCUGGCCGACGCCGUGGUUGGUGCGCACAUGGACGGAGGGUGUAAGUCGCGCCCCCGGAGGGACGAGAAGGUGUUUAGGCACCGGUGCUCCCGAGGCGGCUGCAGGAGGAAGGAGGUGCUGCCGGUGGCCUGCGGCCAGUGUCACGGCAGCUUCUGCAUCCAGCACAGACACCCGCUGGACCACGGCUGCAGCCGCGAGGGCCGCCCGCUCAGCACGGCCGGGUGAGCGGCGAGUCGGCUCCGCGGGCGCCGGCCGACGUUCAAAGUGGAUCCGGGCCAACGCGGGCUCGCGUCCCUGCUUUUGCUGCGACGGUGCCGCCGGAGCCCCGCCGGCCUCGUGGACGCGCCCCCCCCCCCCCAGGGCUCUUCGUCUUCCUGUGGCCUCUCUCUCUGAGCUCAGUGUCCAGCCGUCCCCUUUUAUAACGACACCAGUCGUGGGAGCUUUGGGGCCGCCCGCUCCACUGUGAGCCCGCCCUGCCCAGUUACCUGUCCAGCGACCCUCCCUCCAAACACCGCCCCGUCCUGGGCUCCCGGGUGUAGGACCCCACCCCAUCCUGUGACGGGCAGUCCAGUCCCUCCACGGGUGCUGGCCCCCAGGGACGGAGCCUGUAGGCGGUCCUGUCACUUCUCGGGGACUUCCUCAUGUGGCCUGUGCCGGCACUGGGCCGGGGGUUCCCUCGAGCCGUGCAGGUGGCUUUCUUGGUGACAGAUGAGGGACUGGGCGAGUGCCACCCCUGCCUUUCUGUGCUGGAGCUGGGCUGCACAGCCUCGUAGCCGAGCCCUUGGAAGCAGGAGCCACCCCUGGGCUUCCUGACCUCCAGAUACGGACGGGGGGUGGGGGUGGGGGGUCUGACCUCGAGCAGCUGUCGCCCCGGAAACAGGAGCAGCUCCGUCCAGCCCAGGGUGACCCAGAGUCGCUAUAGCUGGUUUCAGAAGCAGUGCUGUCUGGCACAUCUUUUAUACAAUCAGUGUGUUGUUUUUAUAUGAUCAAAUGCUUGUAGUUUAGAAACAAGUUCUUGUUCCAUGUCAGGUCGAAAAUAAAGUGGCAUUGAUACGA